CUCGCGGUCCCGCAGCGCUUCUGUCUGUUCCUCUCGUGAAUCUGUCCACUGUGGAUCACAAACACGCGUGUCUCGCUAUUCUGUGGGAAUACAGGAGCUCAAUCGACUCUCAGUCACUGCUGCUGAUUUUACUACAGAUUAACAGGCUACAUCUUUCCUGAUCUGAUCACUCACUAUGAUGAAACGCCGUCCGCCGUUUGCGUGCGGUUCCGUACAGCAGUGACGCUGCAGUCGAGACCAGACAGACGAGAAGUCCAGGUCUGCGUUAAAAUGUCCGCGUGUGGUGAGUUUGCAGAGCACGUGUGGAAACCAGGCUCCUGUAAGAACUGCUUUCACCCUCGCAGUGCGCAUGCACAGACGGGCACAGCGGGCAUCAUCAGAAGCAGUCUGACUGCUGAAGACGAGGAUGGGUUGACGUCUCCCUCACCCUAUAGUAAACCCACCAUCGCUGUCAGACCCACUAUGAUGAACAUGGACAUCGCAAUGGACAUCAACAUGAACAUGGAGCAGGAGAACCAGAAAAGCUCCAUUGGACUGAGGAAAGCUCUGCAUUUGGCUCCUUUGUUCAUCGAUAGCGGCGGAUGUAAUAGGACAGUAAUGCAGAACGGGGUUUCUGGAAAGAAGGAAUAUCCCGACAAGUUCCCCCAAAGCAUUUGUUCACCCACUGGAUUAUCCAAAGACUGCAUGAUUAUCAACAAUAUAUUUGUGAGUCAAGAAAACGGCUGCGGCCCACAUAAUUGGAGAGACGGCGACCCCUAUAGACCACCGGCACCAACGAUCAAGAGCACUUACGCAAAUGGAGAUUCAUGUCUUCACCAAAUGACUGAAAGAACCCUGUCAAUCGGAAACAAUGAUGGACUUAUGAGCCCUCUGAGGUCAUCUAUAGAGGAAAGGCAAACACCUUUGGGAGUCACACAAGGGAAGAGGGUUAACAGAACUUCUAAUGUGACGCACAGUACCUCACCGUCCUCUACAGUGACUCAAGACUUUCACGAAAACCUGUCGGACUCUUGCUUGGAUCCAAGCAGCACUGGUUCCUUAAAGGGACUCCCGAGCCCUCAAAACUCCCCAGAUUCUGCAAGCGUUCCUCCCAACGGACUUGAGGAAAGUGAGCCGAUCUAUGCGGAGAGCACCAAGAGGAAACGGCGAGACGGGAAGUCACCGCAGUCCACCGAGUCCGAAUUGGAGGUCAACAUCAAUGAAAGUCAAAGGGCAACCAUUACUGUCAUCGCCGCUCAUACGGAGGAGAACAACCUGACGUUCUACUUGAGCAGCCCGGAUUCUGCUGUAAGCACCCAAUGGACCCACUUUAGCCCCACGGCACCCAAAGAUGUGUCUAGCACAGCGUUCACUUGGCCAAAUGUCCCCGAAACCACCGAAACGUUCCCUGUACCUUGUAACCAACCAAAGCCUCAAUCUAGUCCCCCAGUACCCCCAAAGAUCAACACUCGGUCGCCAAGACUUGGUACCUCCAGUCUCUGCUUGCUACCUUUACCUGAGCUCAGCUUCCAUUUGGUUCUUCCUCCAAAAGAUAUGACCCCCGCUCCCUCCCAAGAGAUCAACCACCCCCCUGGCCCAGCUUAUGCCCACUCGGAGCGGAGACUCAAGCCUCAAAGUGCCAGGAGUCUUGAGGGUUGUAUUGAUGAGGUGGAAGAAGAGGUUGAGCCAGAGGAGGGUACGACCCAGAGAGCCGGCUCUUGUGGCAGGCCGGGCGACUUCAUCAAUGGACCUGCUGUUUGGGGCUGUGAGUCUAAAGAAUGGAGUGAGGGCAGAGCAUCGCCAGGCACCAACACAAACAAAAGCACCAGUCAGAUGCAGACUGGUGUCCCAGCGGAGGACAACAGAGUGAGCGAGAGCACACUUACCAGAGUCGUCUCAAGCCCAUCUCCUCUUGACAACUCCACCGAACUCAAUACGGAGAAAGCCGCCAGUCGAGACCCGGUGCCACCGCCACCCCCUCCUAAGAAGCACCAUCGGGUGUGUAAUCGUUUGAGUGGCAGUAAUAUGGAUCUGGAGCGCAGCAGUCAGCCGGGAUCAGUGGAGAAUCUCUGCCAAUCAAUGCGAGGACUAAACUGCUGCACAAACGCAUCUACAAACAGUCUACAAGCGCUGUCAGACGCCGACUCCACCUUCUGCUCUUGCCCCUCCCCUUUUCCCAGCAGCCCAUUGGCCUCCGCCCCAGUGUCACCGCAGCCUGAUGUGUUUCCUAGCAACAGUCUUGCUCAUCAGCUGCAGCCGCCACCGUUACCGCAGAAGAAGCUGGUGAACCGCACAACGACCGUCCUCAGUGAAUCAGGAGUCAAACUGCUCGUCCGCGGUCGCCCGCGGCUCCCGUUCAGCUGCUCGGAAAGUAACGUGAGCCACCCGGACGCCGCGGGCCCUCUGCGUAGUCACCCGUCCAGUCCGGUGGAGCCCCGCCCCCUGUACUCCUCCAGCGAAUCCCUGGAGUACUGCCCACCUCUGUGCUCUCGAACCCUGGACGAGCCCAGUUCAGAGGUCACGCGACGGCUCAGGGGUCACAGCCGCGGGAGCAUCACGUCCAGCUCGUCGCCACAGCUCAACACGCUGCUGUCCACGCCACCGGCCGUGGGCUCGACCCUGCAGCUGCACACGCUGCUCAGUAACAUGGACAGUCGCGAGGGGAUCUACUCCAAACUGGGCGGUCUGUACGCGGAGUCGCUUCGGCGUCUUGCGCUCAAGUGUGAGGAACAUUUCACACGCAGCCAGAGAAGCCCGCUGCGAUUCGACGAAAGCAACUGGUCGCUAUUUAAACUGACGUGUAAUAAGCCGAGCUGUCUGUCUGGAGACGCUGUGUAUUAUUCUGCUUCCUGUGCCUCAGACUCCCACUACACGUAUGCUGUGAAGAUCUGUAAGGGUCAGUCGGCUGACCGUAAUCAGGGUCAUCUGUACGGUCUGUCUGUGCAGCAGAAUCUGCCGGCUCACUUUAACCUGCAGCAGGACUGCGGUCACUUCAUCGCAUGCGUGCCGCAGAGCAUGUUACCCGGUGAACAGAGCUCAUCCAGUGCGCCGGGACCGUCCGAGCAGGAGCGCGUGGUGGUCAUCACGCGAGAGGUUCCUCACCAGAGCGCCGCCGAUUUCGCCAAAGAGUGGGAGUCGUUCCAUAAGGCGCAACCGGAAGUUUACGAGCGGCGCGUAUGCUUCCUGCUGCUGCAGCUGUGCACGGGACUGGAGCAUCUGAAAUCGCAUGGGGUCACGCACCGCGACCUCUGCCUCGAAAACCUGCUCCUAGUACAGCACCGACGCUCACCCGCAGAAAACGGAACGAGUCCCGACCCGCAGCAGCAAUGCCUGCCGCGUCUCCUCAUCAGCAACUUCUGCAAAGCCAAACGGCGCAACGCAGGCCACGCAACGGUUUGCGCCGAUCCACGCCUCACUCGGGACCACGCCCGCCUGGCGCCGGAGAUCGUCUCCGCCGCGCAGUAUCGCAAAUUCGACGAGUUUCAAACCGGCAUUCUGAUCUACGAACUUCUGCAUCAGAGCAACCCGUUCGAGGCGACGCCCGCGCUGCGGCAACAGGAGUACAAAUGCGACGAUCUGCCACCCAUCCCAAGCGUGUCGAUUUACUCGGCCGGACUCGAAAGACUCGCUCACCUGCUUCUCGAGCCCGACCCGGGGAAACGCAUCCACAUCCAGGACGCCAAGCGGGUGUUGCAAGGGUUGCUGUGGGGGCCUCGGCGAGACCUCCUGGAGCAGCCGUGGGUGUCCGCGGGUGCCGCGCGGCGGGUCGAGCAGCCCAGACACGAGGGAUUGUUGAACUGGUUGGACGUGAAGCGCGCUCUGCUCAUGAUGAAGUUUGCGGAACGCUCGCUGGAGCCGGAACGGAACGCCGAGCUCGAGGAUUGGCUCUGCUGUCAGUAUUUCUCCUUGGCAAACCCCAAAUCACUGUGUCAAGCCGCCGAACUGCUGUACAAUGUCAGGUUCUCACACUGAAGUCUCAGACUAUAACACGUCAAUUCCUGCCAGCAAAUGCAUGACGUCCGUUACUACACAAAUCAGACAAGUGCUUAAAAAACAAGAUAUGGACUUGCAAAACUGGAUUUUGAAAAUUGGAAAAUGACAAACGCAUCUCAUCCGCAUGUGGCAUGGAGUACCAGCACAGACUCGUCCACACUCCACUACGGAAAACGGACCAAAACCACGUAUUAUGUAAAACGAUGGACACGUCGCACGGAGUCGGAUUGGUGUGGACGUGCCCCGAGAGUUUGUGCUGGAACAUUCCACGGAUGUAUUUAAUCUUAUUUUUAUGUAUUUUGGGGUCUUUGAUAUGAAGUGACAUUUGCAUUUUUCAUCCCCUUGUCAAAAGAAAAAAAUACGAAAUUAUAUUUUGCUUAAAUAAAAUUCCACCUAUUUUUGGGGCCAUGAAGAUUAUUUGCAUUGUGACAUUAUUUGCAUUUUUUAUUACUAUUAAACACACUUUCAUCACUGUAAUGCAAAAACUAAAUCUCAUUUCUGUAAAACGAUCAUGAAAAUUCGCAGCAUAAAUUCAAUUCAAAUACUACCGUGACGUUAAAUAUUUUAAUUUACUAAUGUACUUUAUGAUUUAAAUAAAAUAUCGAAGUUUAGAGUAAAAUGGGCUUAACUGCCGUUAAAAUAAUGUCAAUGCAAAAAAGUUUUAAUAGUCGUGAAAUAGGGUUCAUAUUUGAUUCAUUCAUUAAAACGUAUCGUUUUUGAAUUAUUGGCUGGACAGAUUCUUUUUUUUACUUUCUCCCCAAUUUUGGAACGCCCAGUUCCCAAUGCGCUCUGAGUCCUCGUGGUGGCGGCCCAAUUUGGUUGCUAAGGAGACCUGGCUGGAGUCACUCACCACACGCCCCACCGAGAGCGAGAACCACAUUAUAGUGACCGCGAGGAGGUUACCCCAUGUGACUUUACCCGCCCUAGCAACCGGGCCAAUUUGGUUGCUAAGGAGACCUGGCUGGAGUCACUCACCACACGCCCCACCGAGAGCGAGAACCACAUUAUAGCGACCACGAAGAGGUUACCCCAUGUGACUCUACCCUCCCUAGCAACCGGGCCAAUUUGGUUGCUAAGGAGACCUGGCUGGAUUCACUCAGCACGCCCUGGAUUCGAAUUCAGUGUCAAUACUCGCAGAGGUAUUGAAAUAGUAUUUUAUUUCAGUUAAUUUAUAUUUAGCAUAAAUGAAAAUACGGCCCGUUUAAGGACCUUUUCAAUUUAUUUGCAUUACGACAUUAUUUAAAUGACAAUAAAACACAUUAUACAUAAAAUUCUCAAAAAAUAAACUGUCAUUACCAGUGUUGGGUGUAAUGCAUUACUAAGUAAUUAAUUACUGUAAUUAAAUUACUUUUUCAUUGGGGAAAAGUAAGGGAUUACUCUUAAUUUUUCAGUAAUUUAAUUUCAGUUACUUCUGAUGUAAUUGCGUUAAAUACUGUUACAAUUCUAUAUAAAACAAUAGUGAAUUUAAAAUCGAAAUGUAACAUCUGUUACUCCGCCCCUUUAAAUUCUUUGGCCAGUUCAUGAAUAAUUGAUUUGCUUGUAAACGAUUUAUUUGAAAGAAUUAAAGGAACAGUUUCAUGUCUCUCCUUGUAUCCUCUGGUCAAAGUAAUCAGUAAUAAGUAACUAAAUUACUUGUCGGACAAAGUAAUUGGUACAGUAAUCUAAUUACACUGUAGAAGAUGUUAGUAAUUAAUAACUUUAUGACAAUCAUCCAUUCUGGAUACAAUUUAUAUUAAUGCUCAUUUUUAAAUUUUAAAUUAAAACGGAGUAAAACUAUGAUGAACACUUAACAAUUGUACUUCUUAAAAUAUACUCUUAUAUUAAUAAUAUAUCGUUGUUUUUUAUGCGCUACAGUGAUGAAAAUGUUUUGGGUCUGAUUGGAUCAUAAAAAUAAAACGAUACUCGCCGGAUCUUUUGAAGUUUCUCUCAACGACUUUAAGAGCGUCCGCCGACCGACCUUUUGACCUUUCGUCAUCUGCAUCUCAUAGAUUUGAGUUUGUUCUGCCAGUAAAUCUGUGUAGAAGAACAGCGUCUUCCGGAAGUGUGUGUGUGUGUGUCGUCCUCAUCAGAGCAGACAGACGGGUGCUGAUGCGGCAGAAAUCACAUGUGCAGAUGCAUCGUCAUAGAAACCUAAACAUAGAAAAAUGCACAUUUAAAUUGAUUGUGUAGAAAUUGUGAAGCAGGUCUUAACAGCAGUUGAUCUGAUAUCAGAAACAGUAUGUUGAUAUGUUUAUAACACUCUUAUUCUUUUCAUUUGUUUUGAAUGUGUAUUGGGAUGUAACGCACAAUAAGCUGUUUGGUGUUUAAAAGCGGCACCAAUUUUCCAUUAAAGACUCUUUAAACGUGACACUGAUAUAAACCGUCAAACCGGCCUGUAUGAAAUCUGCAUCUUCCAAUAAAGUGUCAAAUAUUUUCACAUAUUACUUGUUGUUGUUUGUCAGUGAGUAAAUGAGAUGAUGGUGUAGAAAUGGAAAUUCAACUCUGGUUUCUCAAAGUCCCCCAUAAGGCAGAAUUGGCCAAUCGUAAGACGGCACAUCGGAGAACAGUCUGGCUGGUUUCCCUGAAAUCUGCCCGGUGAUUCCCGAAAACAGUCUCGCCCUCAGAUUUGCAUUCUACCUUCCUUCCGCAGUUUGAAACUCAGAUCGGCUCUUUUGUCAUAGGUGGAAUGUGUUGCCAUGGAACGCCGGCCAAUGGAAUGCUGCAGCCGAGAGUCCCAAACGACCC